AUGCAGCCAGAAGGCAAUCCACCACGUUCCGAAGUACGAUUCUCCCCUACCCUGGAAGCAACGGUGCUGACACUAUUUCUGCAGCUGUUGUCUGAAAGUGAGAAACGUCACUUCAGUAAGUAUUUUGAAUAUACUCUAUCACAAUAUGUGCUCAAUAACAGCCUGAAGGAACGGACGUACUUUGACUCUGGCGAUUUCGCUCUUUCCGCCGCUGAUCGCGUGACCGACAACGGCGCUUUUCAAACAGGAAAAGCGCAUCCACAGCGGGACAGCAUUUCGCAUCCUUAUGCCCCUAUCCCAGCUGCUAGUAAUGUCGACCAGGAUGCCAUUGAAGACUUGUAUAAGAAGACUGCGAGUCCUGAGAAGAGUCCUCUCCUCCAGCAUUCCAAUAUUGAAGAUGCAAAACCCCCAAUUAGUGAAGGUCAGGAUAAUUCUGUCUCUCAGAAUGAUUGA